AUGCUUAAAGCAUUUAAAAAAUUACCAAAAGUAUCAGUUAGAUAUAAUUCCACAUCAAUCACAUCUAGAUAUUUUCCCAAUGAACCAAAACAACCCAUAAUUGAAACUAAAUCAAUACCAGGUCCAAAAUCUAUAGAAUUAAAUAAAGAAUUAGGUAAAGUUUAUGAUAAUGGAGCUACUUAUUUUGUUGCAAAUUAUUAUAAUUCUUUAGGGAAUUAUAUAAGUGAUGCAGAUGGUAAUAAAUUAUUGGAUGUUUAUUGUCAAAUUUCUUCAAUUGCAUUAGGUUAUAAUAAUCCAAAAUUAAUUGAAGCUGCAAAAUCAGAUGAAAUGAUUUCUGCUAUAGUGAAUAGACCUGCUUUAGCUUGUUUUCCAUCAAAUGAUUAUAAAGAUAUUUUAGAAGAUGGGUUAUUAAAAGCUGCACCACCAGGAAUGGAUAAAAUAUGGACUUCAUUAAGUGGAUCAGAUGCUAAUGAAACUGCUUAUAAAGCUGCAUUUAUGUAUCAAAGUGCUAAAAAGAGACAGAAUAAUGAAUUCACCGAGGAAGAACUUGCAAGUGUUAUGAAUAACGAAGGUCCAGGUGCUUCAGAUAUGGUAAUUUUAUCUUUUGAUAAAGCAUUUCAUGGAAGAUUAUUCGGAUCAUUAUCAACCACUAGAUCAAAAGCUAUUCAUAAGUUAGAUAUUCCAGCAUUUCCAUGGCCAAAAGCUCCUUUCCCACAAUUAAAAUAUCCAUUAGAAGAAUUUGAAACAGAAAAUAGAAAAGAAGAACAAAAUUGUUUAGAUCAAUUAGAAUCAAUAAUUGAAAAAUCACCUAAAAAAGUUGCUGCUAUAAUCGUUGAACCAGUUCAAUCAGAAGGUGGUGAUAAUCAUGCAACGAGCUAUUUUUUCCAAGGAUUAAGAGAUAUUACAACAAAACAUGAUGUCUUAUUCAUAGUUGAUGAAGUUCAAACAGGUGUUGGAGCUACAGGUAAAUUUUGGGCUCAUGAACAUUGGAAUUUAACAAAUCCACCAGAUAUGGUUACUUUUUCUAAAAAAUUUCAAGCUGCUGGAUUUUAUUUUGCAAAUCCUGAUUUACAACCUACUCAACCAUAUAGACAAUUUAAUACCUGGUGUGGAGAUCCAUCAAAAGCAAUAUUAGCUAAAGCUAUUUAUACAGAAAUUGAAUCAUCAGAUUUAGUUAAUGCAACCGCUGAAGUUGGUGAUUAUUUGUACAAAGGUUUGAAAACUAUAAUUAAUAAAAAUUCAAAUAUAUUUAGUAAUUUGAGAGGUGAGAAUUUUGGUACUUUUAUAGCAUGGGAUUGUAUAAAUGCUGAUGUUAGAAAUAAAAUAUUAUUAGGUUGUAGAGAAAAAGGUGUUAAUAUGGGAGGUUGUGGUGAUGUUUCAAUUAGAUUAAGACCAACAUUAUUAUUUGAAAAAACUCAUGCUGAUAUCUUUUUGAAUACAUUGGAAGAUGUUGCUAAUAUAUGA